CGCGCUGCCGGUGCCGCCGCCAUCUCCCCUCGCGGCAGGCGCGGUGUGUCGCGUGUGCUGCGAGCCAGCCGGCGCUUCCCGAGACUCUCCCGCUUCCCGAACUUCUCCCGCUUCCCGAGCCUCUCCCGCUGAGCCCCGGCCCGGCCCCGCGUCAUGGCCGCGUACAAGCCAGUGGUGGUCCAGGCGUGCCCCAAGCUCGGGGAGAGGAUCACGCAGGACACGCUGUACUGGCGGGGAUACAAGACACCUGUUCAGAUAAAGGAAUUCGGUGCAGUAAAUAAAAUUGACUUCUCCCCGGUCCCGCCAUAUAACUAUGCUGUCACAGCAUCCUCAAGGAUCCACAUCUAUGGCCGUUACUCCCAGGAGCCCAUCAAGACGUUCUCUCGCUUCCGGGACGCGGCGUACUGUGCCACCUACAGGGACGACGGGCGCCUGCUCGCCGCCGGCAGCGAGGACGGCAGCAUCUCCCUCUUCGACGUCAGCGGCAAAGCACCGCUGAGGCAGUUCGAGGGCCAUACCAAGCCAGUUCAUCUAGUGGGAUUCCUGUCUGAUAAAUACCGAAUAUUUUCCGGUGGUGAUGAUUAUUCAUCAAAAUUGUGGGAUAUUCCGAGUGCCACAGAAAUGGUCUCUUACAGUGAACAUACUGACUAUGUGAGAUGUGGCUGUUCAAGUAAAGUGAAUGCAGAUGUCUUCAUAACAGGUUCCUAUGAUCACACUGUGAAAGUGUUUGAUGCACGAACAAAGAGUAGUGUCAUGACGAUAGAACAUGGCCAUCCUGUGGAGAGCGUGCUUCUCUUUCCAUCUGGUGGACUUCUGGUAUCUGCAGGAGGUCGAUAUGUCAAAGUUUGGGAUGUACUAAAAGGUGGACAGUUACUAGUUUCACUUAAAAAUCACCAUAAAACUGUGACUUGUUUGUGCCUGAACAGCUCUGGACAAAGGUUAUUGUCAGGAUCCCUUGACAGGCAUGUGAAGAUUUACAGUACUACAUCCUACAAAGUGGUCCACAGCUUCAACUAUGCAACAUCCAUCCUCAGUCUUGCGUUGUCGCCUGAAGAUGAAACCAUAGUUGUAGGCAUGACCAAUGGGGUGCUAAAUGUUAAACACAGAAAACCAGAAGAAAAGAAUGAAAACUCUCAAAAGAAGAGACAACCAGCAUAUAGAACCUAUGUGAAAGGAAAAAGUUACAUGCCAAAACAGGAAGAUUUCUGUGUCAGUAAACCUGUAAAACGUGUUCUGAGAAAAUAUGAUAAGCUGCUGAGGAGCUUUCAGUCUUCCAAGGCUCUUGAUGCAGUACUGGAGCCACCCAUCAUGCUUCAUACCCCUGAAGUCACGGUUGCAGUCAUGCAGGAACUACAUCGCAGAGGAACACUGAGAAGUGCACUUGCAGGCCGAGAUGAGAAACAAGUUAAUCUCCUGCUUACCUUUGUGGCAAGGCGUGUGAUUGAGCCUAGAUUUACUUCUGUGCUGGUGAUUGUUGCUGAUAUGAUCACUGACAUUUAUCAGCCUGUGGUUGGGCAGUCAGCAAUAGUUGAUAAACAGUUCUUGAAACUCCAGCAAGCUAUUGGAAAAGAAAUUGACUAUCAAGAAGAACUAUUAGAAGUUUUGGGAAUGAUGGAUACACUGUUUGCUACUUUUACUAAGAAAAGAGAUACAUGUCUAGAAGAGAACAAAAGUAAUGGUGUCACGGAGAUCAUUGAAACAAAUAGGAAUUACUGACACCCAUCUCAACAAAUUGUCACAAUUGUGAACUUGAAAGACAUGACCUGUUCUCUUGGUAACUUCUAAUAAUAGUGACUUUCAAAAUAUGCCUCUCUGUGUUGAAGUUCUGUCUUUCAAAUUGUGUUGCUGAAUAGGCUUGAUUACUGAAGAUAGAGGAAGAGGACAUUUUCAAGAUUGUCCAUGCAAUAUUUUUCAAACAAUUUAGUUUUAAAGUUUUAUUUCAGAGUUACAAAACUUCCUACAUUUACAUGGGGAUUUACAUGGCCUCAGUUUUGGUAGCAGCAGGACUGCAGGGGUGGCUUCUGUGAGAAGCUGCCAGAAGCUUCCCUCAUGUUUGGCAGAACUAGUCCCUGGUUGUUCUAAAGAUGGACAUACUGCUGGCCAAAGCUGGGCCAACUAGAAAUGGUGAUAACAAAGUUAUUGUGCUGUUGUAAUUGUGGCCAGAGAAGAGCAGAGUGAGACCAUGUGAGAAGAACAACCCUGUGGACCCCGAGGUCAGUGAAGGAGGAGGGGCAGGAGAUGUUCCAAAUGCCGAGAUUCCCCUGCAGCCUGUGGUGAGACAGCCCUGCUCCUGCAGCCCGUGGAGAUCCAUGGGGAAUGCAGAGAUCCACCUGCAGCCAUGGAGGAGCCCGUGCUGGAGCAGGUGGAUGCCUGGAGGAGGCUGUGACCCCAUGGGAGACCCAAGGAGAGAGGGGCCCUGCUCCCAGGCUGGAGCAGCCUGUCCCUGGAGGGCUGCACCCCUGGAAGAGAGACCCAUGCUGCAGCAGUCUGGGGAGGACUGCUGCCUGUGGGAUGGACUCACACUGGAGAAGUUCAUGGAGAUCUGUCUCCAUGGGAGGGGAGCCCACAGUGCAGCAGGGGGAGGACUCUUCUCCCUGAGCAGUGGGAGAAGCCACAGGUCAUGAACUGACCACAAACCCCAUUCCCUGUCUCCCUGUGCCACUGGGGGAGGAGGUAGAGCUGGGAAAGAGGGAGGGGUGAGGGGAAGGUGUUUUUAAGGGUUUGUUUUACUUCUCAUUUUCCUGCUCUAACUUUGUUUAGUAAUAAAUGCAAUUAAUAUAUCUUA